CUUCCUCCGCGUCCCGCGGUGCAGCGCCCGCACCCGCAGCCGGGAAGGCUCUGAGUCAACUGCAAGCUCCAAGGAGGAGGACAUCUCUCUGCCUGGUUGCCAGUGGGCAAUAACCCACCAUCCAGUGAAUUAUAUCCCAGUUCCAGUCCCUUUGCACUGCCGUACGAUCGAGAUGAAAGACAAGUCCGCGGGGAUUGCUGCAGAAGCCGGUUGUGUGGAGCUAGAGCUUCAAGGGGCAAAUGCGUUCAUCUAAAUGUCCACCAGGGAGUACUUGAAAGGCUUGGCCAGCUGGUCUCCUGCACUUCAUCUGGAAAAAUAAGACAAGGGUUGAUUUCCAGCAGCUUGGGCUAAGACACUGGGAAUCUGCAUUCCCUCUUUACCCAGCCCUUCGUUUCUAAUCCUCUGGUCAAUGCAGGAGAGAUGGCAGCUAAGCUCCAGGUGGUGUUUGAGGACGUGGCGCUGUACUUCACGCGGAAGGAGUGGACGCUGCUGGAAGAUGGAGACAAGGCGCUUUAUCGGGAGCAGAUGCUGAGGAAUUACCAAGCCCUCGUUUCAUUAGGACAUCGAGGUCCCACGCCGGACUUAAUCUGCCGCAUCCAGCGAGGGGAAGUGGAGCUCAGUGUCCAUGACCAUGAGGACUCUGGAGAAAGUGCACUGUCUGAAGGCUCGUUCCCAGGUGCGAUGUCAGAACCAGAUCCUUCCUUCUUCGCCACCUACAGCCGGGCUGCUAACUGGACCCACGAGGAGAUGAAGGACCUUCUCACCAUUUGGGGCCGGGAGGAGAACCAGCAGGCCCUCCGCAAGAGCCACCGCAACAAGGAGGUCUUCCAGCAGAUUGCCGUGGAGAUGACCGCCUGUGGCCACCACCGGGACUGGGAGCAGUGCCGCACCAAAACAAAGUGGAUGAAGUCCUGCUAUAAGAAGGUCCGGGACAAGAACCGGAGCUGCGGGGGCACCAGGUACACCAUGUCCUUUUACAGGGAGCUGGCCCACAUCCUCAAGGAUGACUGUGGCCUGCAUACCAGCAGCACCUUUGGCCCUCGUUCGUUAAAGAGGGGCAGAGAACAGAAGAGUCCCCCUGUGGAUCAGGAGGGCCUGGGAGACCUUGCUACAGAUGGGGCAUGGUGGGUGCCAGAAGAUGAAUCGAUGUCCCAAGAGCUGCUUGUAAGCCAGGUCCCAGACACAGAGGAACGGGACACAGGGGACACCAUAACUGAGCCACAAGAUGUGAACAACAGUGGCACGCCAUCAAGGUGGCAGACGGCUCUGGAAAUGGUCUCUGUCCCCAUGCCACCCUUGAUCCCAGAAGACUGCAGUGACACUGCCGAACCAGAAACCCCCUUUCCCACGCGUGUGCCAAGGAUGCCCCAUGCUCGUAUCUCGAUGGGUGCCUCGCAGCCCGUGCCACCGACCCAGCUCUCCACACCCAAACCUCCCAGUCCCAGUGGCAAGAGGACUGUACCCAACUCCCAGGCCAUGGCAGAUGCUGGCACAAUGUUGGAACCAGCUCCUUCCCUCUCUACCACCUCCAGCCGGUCUGCUAACUGGACACAUGAGGAGAUGAAGGACCUCCUGGCCAUCUGGGGCAAGGAGCAGAACCAGCAAGCCCUCCGCAAGACCCACCAAAACAAGGAGGUCUUCCAGUGGAUCGCUGCAGAGAUGACCGCCUGUGGCCACAACCGGGACUGGGUGCAAUGCCGCUCCAAAACAAAGUGGAUGAAGUCCUGCUAUAAGAAGGUCCGGGACAAGAACCGGAGCUGCGGGGGCACCAGGUACACCAUGUCCUUUUACAGGGAGCUGGCCCACAUCCUCAAGGAUGAUGGUGGUGUGCAGGCCACAAACACCUUUGAUGCCAGUUGGGCGAGGACAGGCAUAGAGAAGCGUGUUCUCCCGCAAAAGCAGGAGCAGAAAGACCUCGGAGACCCUGCAGCAGCUGGGGUGUGGCUGGAGCCGGAGGAAGAAUCAACAUCCCAGGGACCGCCCAUGAAGCCGGACCCCGACGAAGAGGAGGAGAACGCAGCGGGCAGCUCGGCUGACACCUUUGCCAAGCCGCAGGGCGUGGAUGACGAUGCCCCAGAGUCCAUACCACAGAUAGCCCUGGAAGUGGUCCCUACACCAGAGGACAGCGGCAAACCUGGCAGUCCAGACACAUCCUUUCCCUCUUCUGUGCCAAGGGUGCUCUGGGCCUUUUCUUUGACAGACACCUCGCAGCCCACAUUGCCAAGCCAGCUCCAUGCACCCACACUUCCUGGGACUUGUGGUGAAGGGGGUGCACCCAAUCCCCAAGUUGUUACUGAUACUGGUAUGGUGUCCGAACCAGCUCCAUCCCCCUCCACCACCUACAUUCGGUCCUACAACUGGACACAGGCAGAGAGAAGGGACCUCCUGGCCAUCUGGGGCAGGGAGGAGAACCAGCAGGCCCUCCGCAAGAGCCACCGCAACAAGAAGGUCUUCCAGAGGAUCGCUGCGGAGAUGACAGCCCGGGGCCACAACCGAGACUGGGAACAGUGUCGCUCCAAAACCAAGUGGAUGAAGUCCUGCUAUAAGAAAGUACAGGACAAGAACCGGAGCUGUGGGGGCACUGGGCACACCAUGCCCUUUUACAGGCAGCUGGCCCGCAUCCUCAAAGGUGAUCAGUCUGGCAACACCUUUGACCCCAGGUGCCCGAGGAUGGGCACAGAACAGCCACCUGCUCCCAAAGAGCAGGAAGCCCCAAGGCAUCCUGCUGCAGCUGGGACGCCAUUGAAGCUGGAGGAAGAUUCGGUCUCCCAGGAGCUGCUCAUCAGCCAGGUCAUCGAUACCAAACAAGACGGUGGGAACAACUCCACUGACACGGUGGUUGAGGCACAGGAUGUGGAUGACAACUCUGCUUUGUCAAGGUCCUGGACGGCCCCAGGAAUGGUCCCUGCCCCACCACUGCCCUCAAACCUGGAAGAUGAUAGCAAAUCUGGUGACCCCAAGACCCCCUUUCCCAUGUCUGUGCCUGGCGUGCUCUGCACUCCUUCCUCGACAGAUGCCUCGCAGGCUGUGCCACUGGGCUGGCUCCCCACACUCGCUUCCCCCAGCCCUGGGAGUGAGAGGAUUGCGCCCAAUUCGCAGGCCACGGUGGACACUGGCACGAUGUUGGAACUAGCUCCUUCGCCCUCCACCACCUACAGCCGGUCUGCCAACUGGACAGAGGCAGAGACAAAGGACCUCUUGGCCAUCUGGGGCAAGGAGGAGAACCAGCAAGCCCUCCGCAAGAGCCACCGCAACAAGGAGGUCUUCCAGCAGAUUGCUGCAGAGAUGACCACGCGAGGCCAUAACCGGGACUGGCAGCUGUGCCGCUCCAAAAUAAAAUGGAUGCAGUGCUGCUAUAAGAAGGUCUGGGACAAGAACCGGAGUGGCAGCGGCACCGAAUGCACCAUGCCCUUUUACAGGGAGUUGGCCCACAUCCUCAAGGAGGAUGGUGUGUGUUACAGAAACACCUUUGCCUCCAGAGGUGUGAGCUUGGGUGCUGAACAGCAAGCUGCCACUGAGGAAGAGGAAGGCCCAAAAGACUCUGGUGCAGCCAAGACGUGGCUGAAGCUGGAAGAGGAAUCGAUGCCCCAGGAACUCUUGGUGAACCAGGUCCAAGAUGCAGAGGAACAGGAUGGAGCUGGGAUCUCCAGCGACACCAUAAUUGAGGCGCAGGACGUGAUGGAUGAGACUGCACCAUCAAAGUCACAGCUGACCUCAGAAAUCGUCUCUUUCUCCCCACUGCCCUCAACCCCGAAUGAUCACGGUGAUACUGCUGACCUGGAGACACCCUUUCCCAUCUGUGCGCCAAAGAUGCUCCGUUCUUCUUCCUCAAGGGACACUUCACAGCCCAUGCAGACAAGCCAGCUCCCUGCACCCAUGCCUCCUAGUCUCAGCGGCAAGAAGACUGCGCCCAAUUCCCAGACCACCACAGACACGAGCUCAAUAUCAGAACCAGCUCCUUCCCCCUCUGCCACCUACAGCCGGUCUGCUAACUGGACGCAUGAGGAAACGAAGGACCUCCUGGCCAUCUGGGGCAAGGAGGAGAACCAGCAGGCCCUCUGCAAGAGCCACCGCAACAAGGAGGUCUUCCAGCGGAUCGCCGCGGAGAUGACCGUACGGGGUCAUCACCGGGACUGGGAGCAGUGCCGCACCAAAACGAAGUGGAUGCAGCACUGCUAUAAGAAGGUCCGGGACAGGAACCGGAGCUGUGGGGGCACCCGAUAUACCAUGCCCUUUUACAAGGAGCUGGCCCGCAUCCUCAAGGGUGUCCGUUCAGGGAAGACCUUUGACCCUUUUUGGUUGAGGGUGGGCACAGCUCUGGAAACUGCCCCUGAAGAGCAUGCAGGGCAGGAGGGCUUGGGAGAGCCUGCUGCAGCCAGGACGUGGUGGGAGCUUGACGAGGAAUCGAUGUCCCAGGAACUCUUUACAAACCAGGUGCAAGAAACGGGGGAAGAGGAGAUGGAGGAGAGCUCCAGUGACAGCACAGUCAAGCCACCGGAUGAGGGUGAUGAUGCCGCACCAUCACAGUCUCAGCUGACCUCAGAAAUGGUUUCUUCCCCAACACUGCCUUCAACCCUGGAUGAUCCUAGUGAAAUUGCUGAUGUGGAGAUGUCCUUUCCCAUCCAUGGGCCUAAGAUGCUCCAUUCUCCUUCCUCAAGGGACACUUUGCAGCCCGUGCUACCAAGCCAGCUUCCCGUGCCCACGCCUCCUGGUCUCACCAGCAAGAGGAACACGACCAGUUCCCAGACCACCGUGGACACUGGCACACAGUCAGAGCCUGCUUCUUCCCCCUCCACCACCUACAGCCGGUCUGCUAAUUGGACACAUGAGGAGACGAGGGACCUCCUGGCCAUCUGGGGCAAGGAGGAGAACCAGCAAGCCCUCCGCAAGAGCCACCGCAACAAGGAGGUCUUCCAGCGGAUCGCCGCAGAGAUGACCGCGCAGGGCCACCACCGGGACUGGGAGCAGUGCCGCACCAAAACGAAGUGGAUGCAGCACUGCUAUAAGAAGGUCCGGGACAAGAACCGGAGCGGCGGGGGCCCCCGAUAUACCAUGCCCUUUUACAGGGAGUUGGUCCGCAUCCUCAGUGGUGACCGCGGCGUGCAUUCCAGCAACACCUUUGCCACCAGGUGUGUGAAGAUGCACAAAGGCCUGGAAGCUGCCCCCAAAGAGCAGGAUGGCUUCGGGGACCCUGCUGCAGCCAGCACGUGGUGGGAGCAAGAGGAGGAAUCGAUGUCUCAGGAGCUGUUCUCCAGCCAUUUCCUAGAUUCGGAGGAGCAGGACAACUCUACCGAUACCGUGGUAGAGACGCGAGAUGUGGACGACGAUGCUGCGCUGUCGAGGUCAUCGAUGGCUUCAGGAAUGGUCCCUGUCCCUCCGCUGCUGUCAACCCCAGAGGAUCACAGUGAAGCUGGUGACCCAGGGUCCCCCUUUUCCCCAUCUGUGACGAGGUUGCUUUGGGCUCCUUCCCCUGGCACCGUGCAGCCCGUGUCACCGAGCCAGCUGUGCACACCCAGAGUCCCCUCACCACUGGGUCUAGGAGGCGUAUCUGACCCCCUGGCCAGCACGGACACGGGUACAAUGUCAGAACCAGCUCCGUCCCCCUCCACCACCUACAGCCGGUCUGCUAACUGGACGCACGAGGAGACGAAGGACCUCCUGGCCAUCUGGGGCCGGGAGGAGAACCAGCAAGCCCUGCGCAAGAGCCACCGCAACAAGGAGGUCUUCCAGCAGAUCGCCGCGGAGAUGACUGCACGGGGCCACCACCGGGACUGGGAGCAGUGCCGCACCAAAACGAAGUGGAUGCAGCACUGCUAUAAGAAGGACUGCAGUGGUGGGGCCACCGGGCACACCAUGCCCUUUCACAGGGAGCUGGCCGACAUCCUCAGUGAGGACCGCGGCAUGCAUUCCAGCAACACCUUUGCCACCAGGUGUCGGAAGACAGGCCCAGUGCUGGAAGCUGCCCCUGAAGAGCAGGAUGGCCUAGGAGACCCCACUGCAGCCACUGCUUGGUGGGAGCUAGAGGAGGAAUCGAUAUCCCAGGAUCUGCUCCUGAACCAGGUCCAAGACGCAGAAGAGCAGAGCCCUGGGGAGAACUCUAAUGACACCCUAGUUGAGCCACAAGACCUAGAUGAUGACACUACACCAUCCAAAUCACAGAUUUCUCCAAAAAUGGUCCCUUUCCCCUCACGGCCCUCAACCCCGGAAGAUCACAGCCUCGUUCCCAACCUGGAGACCUCCUUCCCCACAUAUGUACCAAAAAUGCUGCUUUCUCCUUCCUUGAUGGGCACCUCUCAGCCCAUGCCACCAGGCCAGCUCCCCCUACCAAUACUUCCUGGUCCUCGUGGUGAGAGGACUGCACCCAGCUCUCAGGCCACCACAGACGUUGGCACAGUGUUGGAACCAGCUCCGUCCCCCUCCACCAUUUACAGCCGAUCUGCUAAUUGGACGCAGGUGGAGACGAGGGACCUCCUGGCCAUCUGGGGCAGGGAGGAGAACCAGCAAGCCCUGCGCAAGAGCCACCGCAACAAGGAGGUCUUCCAGCAGAUUGCCCUGGAAAUGACCGCACGGGGCCACCACCGGGACUGGGAGCAGUGCCGCACCAAAACGAAGUGGAUGCAGCACUGCUAUAAGAAGGUCCGGGACAGGAACCGGAGCGGCGGGGGCUCCCGAUAUACCAUGCCCUUUUACAGGGAGUUGGCCCGCAUCCUCAGUGACAGCCGUGCUGUGCAUACCAGCAAUAACUUGGAUGCCCGAUGGGCGAGAACAGAUGCAGAACAGCAGACUAUGCCAAAGAGCAGGAGGAGCCGGAGAGCCUCAGGGACCCCACUGCUGCCGGGGCAUUGCAGGAGCCGGAGGAGGAACCGAUGUUCAAAACCUGUUCGUGAAUCGGGUCCCAGGCACUUCAGACCCCCUCACUGAUGGCCUACACCCCUGUAGCUGGGAGGAGAGCCAGCUCUCGGCGUGACCACCGUCCACGGCCAGGCCGGCAGGCUGCGGCACAGAUGGCAUGCGAGAGGUGCUGAGGACAAGAUGCCAAAGUAAAGAGGAGAUGAUGGAGGUCUCUGGUACUCUUCCAUAAGCGCCACACACCUGGCACCCAUUAGCAGAGGCCUCUGUCGGGAGCUGUGGUGAGGGGACAUGGCCAAUGCAAGGAAGGUGGAUGCUGCCUCAAGUUAUCAACCCACUUCGGGGAGCCCGAGGCUGAAGAUGCACUUAUAACAGGGUGCCAUGUAGCUCCUCGGGGGACAAGCUGAAAGCCCAGAGGAUUGUUGGUACCUUCCUCUAGGGCCACAGGAUCUAACCCCACCAUUUUCUUGAGACCUCCACCCCGCUUUCCCAGGAGGCAUGCACCUGGAUCCAACCUCAGGCCAGCAACAGAGGGGUGGCAGGGUGGCUACCCAGCCUCCUGCAGGAAGGAGUAAGGGCAGCCCAUCAGUGCCGCUGGAGGCAGGAGGGGGCAGGAUGGAGAUCCCAAUGCCAUGGCUGAGGGGCAUAGAGCGGUGGCCAGCACGGGCGAGGGUUUUCUGGAGCCAGGCAACUGGGGACAAAAGGAAAAGAUGUGGUCCAGGGUGCAUGUGGCCAUGAUCUCCCCUGAGGGCAGAGAACAACAGGGAUAUUAAGACGGCAGUGCUUGGGGAGCAUGGGGCUGCCAUCAUGUCAAACCUUCAGGGCCUGAGUGAGCCCAGAGCUCCAUCUCUUCCCCUCUAACACACCUGGCCCCUACAAGAGAGCAAGAGACCCCCCCGCACCCAACGUGCAAGGCUUCUGCCCCAGUCCUAGGCAAAAGCAGCCCCUCCAUCCUCCUCCUGGAAGAUCCCAUGGACAGGGCAGUUGUGCUGGGAGGUUCAUGACAUGGCGUGGAUCUGGCCACCCAUACAGCUGUCUGAGGCAAGCUGUGAUACCCCUGCCCUCCAUCCAUGGUGCAGCUUCCAGGGAUGCAUGGAGGGCUCAGGGAUCAGGACAUGGGAUAUCUCCCCUCUUCUCCAUCCACAGUCGCUGUUGAAGCUAUUGCCUGGUUGGCACGUUCAUCGGUUCCCUGCUAUUCAGGUGCAACCCCAGCCCUGUGGCCAGAAGCCUUUUCAAAAACCAAACAGCACAAACAGGCAAGAUGCCCUGCUGGGAAAAUGCUUACGGUUUUCAUGGUUCAAUAAAAGAAACUAGAUUUUUGUUAAAGAAAAACAUGGAAAUUGAGUCCUGAGAUGUCCCUGUCCUCGCCUCUUGGUGCGGCUUGGUGCUCUCCCAGACCCAUGAGCAGAUCUAGGAUGCAAAGGGGGUUGUAGACAGCGAGGUGCCUCAUCACAUAUGGAACAACAUCUGGUUUUCUUCAGUUUAAACUUGAAACUUUACUAAAAUGCUAGGGGUUUAGGGAUGUAUGAUUCAGUUUAAGAUGGAAGCAAAACAAGUAGGACUUCCUGGAGCUGGCUUGGUUCA